CUACCGAGGUCAAACCGUAUAAAAUUAGAAGUAUUCUCAGAAAUCUUGCAUGUCAAAUACGCCUUUAGGUAUCGCAUCUGAUUCGUUAAUAUUUAUAGCAUUUCAUUCGCAAGACAACAACUAUUUUAUUAGAGGUGUUUAAUACGUGCAGCAAAUUCCUUCCUUUCAAACUGCUAAACAUGGAUAUCAAAACCUUACUUGACAAUCUUCAUGAGGAAGUUUCCUGUCCCGUGUGCAUGACCACAUUUACUAAACCAAAGCAGCUGCCAUGUUUACACAGCUUCUGCCUUCACUGUUUAGAAGGAAUUCAAAGAAACAGUGGCCGCUAUGAUGUCAUAACGUGUCCUGAGUGUCGCAAGGAGAGUCAAGUCCCUGGAGGAAACCUAAGAGAUCUGCCCACUAACUUUCGCAUCAACAGCUUACUAGAUGUGUUGGCCAUAAAGCAGUGCAGUUCUACUGGAGUCAAAUGCGGAAACUGCGACAAAAGAGGAGUGCACAGUUUCUACUGUUUUCAGUGCUGUACAUUCUGGUGUGAAGAGUGUAUCACUGUGCAUAACUUACUCAAAGCAAAUAAAGAUCACCGAGCUCUUGCACUGAAAGAUUUUGAAGAUCAAGACAUCGAGGCAAACGUUGCCAAAGUA